CUCUGCACCUAUGGUCACAUGAAUGUCAGCGCUGCAGGCCAGAUGCCGGUGAUGGAGGAACUAGUCAGUGAGAGCGACAGCAUGCUGAAGCAGCUGGCUCUGAUCUGCUUCCUGUCUCUGGUCAUGGUGAUGAGCAUCCUGGGAAACCUGCUGGUCAUGGUGGCCGUCUGCAAGGACAGACAACUCAGGAAAAUCAAGACCAAUUACUUCAUCGUGUCUCUGGCGUUCGCUGACCUGCUGGUGUCGGUGCUGGUGAUGCCGUUCGGCGCCAUCGAGCUCGUCCACCAGCACUGGAUCUACGGAGAGACGUUCUGUCUGGUGAGGACGUCGCUGGACGUCCUGCUGACCACGGCGUCCAUCCUGCACCUGUGCUGCAUCGCCCUGGACAGGUACUACGCUAUCUGCUGCCAGCCGCUGGUCUACAGGAACAAGAUGACCCCGAUGCGAGUGGCUCUGAUGAUCGGCGGCUGCUGGGUGAUUCCCGGCGUCAUCUCUUUCCUGCCCAUCAUGCAGGGCUGGAACAGCAUCGGCAUCGACCACCUGAUUGAGGAGCGGCGCCACAGCGAUGCCAGCAACUCCACGUCCUGCGUCUUCAUGGUCAACAAGCCGUACGCCCUCACCUGCUCGGUGGUGGCCUUCUACAUCCCCCUGGUCCUCAUGGUGCUGGCCUACCAGAGGAUCUACAUCACGGCCCGUGCACACGCCCUGCAGAUCAGCAUGCUGCAGCGGGCGGGGGGGGCGGGUGCUUCGGACUCUGCCGACCAUCAGAGGAACCACCGCAUGCGAGUAGAAACAAAGGCGGCAAAGACCCUGUGCAUCAUCAUGGGCUGCUUCUGCCUGUGCUGGGCGCCGUUCUUCAUCACCAACGUGGUGGACCCCUUUAUAGACUACACGGUGCCCGACAAGCUGUGGACCGCCUGCCUCUGGCUGGGCUACAUCAACUCCAUGCUGAACCCCAUCCUUUACGCCUUCCUCAACAAGUCCUUCCGCCGUGCCUUCCUCAUCAUCCUGUGCUGCGGGAGGAAGAGGUACCGCCGGCCGUCCAUCAUGGGCUCGGCCGCUCCCUGCACAGCGACGCAGAUCAACGGCUCCACACACGUCCUCAAGUAG